CAGAUUGUAGAUAUCAAUUGCGGAUGAUGCGUUAUCCUUGAGGAGGUCCCUACUGAGUUGCGAUAAGAGGCUGGCCAAAACGACGUAACUCUUCUCCAACAACUGAGGAUUAUUGUGGGCAAUAUCAGAAGUUGGUAGACUGCAUAGGAUUGGUAACAGUUGAGGUAAGUGAGGAUGCAAGAGAGAUGACAGAGAUCUCGCCAACGCGGGUAUCAAACUGGAUGCAAGUUAGAUCAAAGGGGAGCGAAAAGCCAGGAGAACUCACUCCAAGAUACCUAGCCAAGAUCUCCAGGGAUCGUCACCGUAUUUCAACGAUAAAUGGAGUUUGUAAAAGGGGAUAUCUCCCUAGCGAGAGAUUGAAAGCCAGCGUGCAAGUUAAUAUCCUUCAAUUGUGCUAACCUCGUGUUGAAAGGGUUUGGAUCGUCAUUGUCUGUAUAAUCAAUCUCGUGGAGAUGCUUAUUCAAGAUGGCUUUGAUAUUGAUAGAACUAAAUUUUUUAUUUAGAGUCUCAAAUUUAUAUCUCUUAUUAGAGGAUUCCUCAUUUAUACUCCUCUUCAUCUCCCAGAUGUCGCUGUUGCGGGGCAGACUAAGAUUUUUAUUUUCCUGGACGGUUCUCACCACUCUCAUAUACAACAAAAUGGUACUCAACGACGAGAUCUCCAGCCUGCAGCGGCAGAGAAAGUCGCAGCUGGAUCUCCUGCGAGAGCUCCUAAACGGGGAUAAACUAGACAGAUCUGCACUUGUACAGCAAAAGAAGCUCGUCGGCUUGAUAUAAAUUUCACUUGUAUUUUCGAACGCUUUGACGCCCAUCUCUAAUCUUGAGCUGAAAUACCCAUCAUCCAUAGAGAUGGAAUUGAAUUCGGAUAAUAUACCAAAUAAUCUAGACUACCAGCAGUUUUUAUUGCAGCCAUCUCUCUUCCUCUCACCUUCCCCAAACCAGUACUUGAACCCUAGCCAACAGCUACAACAUCCAGGAAGGAAUAUCUACGUUGGCAAUCUCCCCUCAGACGCUACAAUAGAUGAAUUACUCAACUUAGUCAAAUUUGGUCCUUUGGAAUCUAUAAAGUUGUUCCCUGAAAAGUCUUACGCUUUUUUGGCUUUCUUGGAUGCCACAAUAGCUAUCCAGUUCUACCACGACGCUACCACUCGUAAGAUUACCCUCCACGGUCAAGAGCUUAAGUUUGGCUGGGGAAAAAACUCGCAGAUUCCUACAAAUGUCUUACUCGCAGUACAACAGAGUAACGCUUCUAGGAACGUCUACAUUGGCGCCAUAGACGACACAACUACUGAGGAGUCUUUGGCAAAGGACCUCUCCAAAUUUGGACCAAUCGAUCAGAUCAAAAUUGUUAGGGAUAAAAAUAUCGCCUUUAUUCAUUAUUUAUCUAUUGCAGUUGCUAUCAAAGUCGUUAACGAGCUCCCCCAUGACCCUAAAUACGCUACAAAGCGUAUAAACUAUGGUAAAGAUAGAUGCGCGUACAUUCCACGCAAUCAACAACAACCUUCCACUCAAGCUCUCAGGACUGCGGCUGCGAUCGCUGCAAGCUCAGGAUACCCUUACUCGAUGGCUGGCUUUAGCCCAUCAGCUGCUGCUGCUUUCCUCAGUUCUUCAACCUAUGAUAACUACCUCAACCCUCAACUAUCAAACAACAAUCUCAUUGGUGGUGUACCAUUGGACAAUAUUGGAAACAGAACUGUAUACCUCGGUAAUUUAUCAGAAGAGACGACUGCUGAAGAGCUCUGUAAUGCUAUUCGUGGUGGUAUUCUUCAAUCUAUUAGAUAUUUGUCUGACAAACAUAUCGCAUUUGUUACUUUCAUCGAUCCAACAAACGCAUUGACAUUUUACCAAGUAGCUUCAUACCAAGGUAUUACAAUCCAUAACCGCAGACUGAAGAUAGGCUGGGGAAAGCACUCUGGUCCACUCCCACCACAACUAGCAUUAGCAGUUCAAAAUGGCGCAACUAGAAACGUCUACGUUGGGGCCUUAACCGAUAUGGAUACCUUCAACGAGCAAAAGAUUAGAGCGGAUUUCGAAAUCUUUGGUCAAGUUGAACAAGUAAACUCAUUACGUGAAAAGGGAUGUACAUUUGUUAAUUUCACAAAUAUAUCAAACGCAAUAAAAGCAAUAGAAGCUGUCAAGAAUGAUGACGAGUACAUAAAAGCAGGAAUAAAGAUAAGCUAUGGUAAAGAUAGAUGCGGAAAUCCACCUAGGUCAUUAUCGAAUGGCGUAAGUGGUAAAUCAUCACAAAGACCUUCACCAAGUCCACAUUCGACUCCUUCAUUUGAUACCAGCCCUGUGUUUCAAGAUGUGACUAAUCAAAUCUAAACGAACACUUGAUAAUAAUAUAGAUAACCUUAUUAGAAGAGCAAGAAAUACAAUUUAAUACUGGAUUUAAACCACUGGACAAACGGAAUGUUAUAUAUCUCAUUUUAAUCAACAAUUCUCACUCUCGUUAGACUUUUUUCUUUAUCGCCUAGAUUGUAGGCCUAUAGUCCGAUCAUUAAGAAUAUUCAUAAUAUUGUAAUAAAUCGAAUUUCAUAUUUUA